AUGGCCCAAGAAGCAGUUCCUGAGCGGAUGAAGGCGCUGCGACUCCAGGAAUACAACCAGAGCUAUGUUCUACGCAACGACGUGCCUGUCCCAGUCCCACAGACGGGAGAGGUCCUCGUGAGACUUGCGGCAUCUAGCUUCUGUCAUACUGACUUCCAGGUUAUCCAAGGUGUCUACAAGACCAAGUUGCCAGUCACUGGAUCACAUGAGCCAGCUGGAACAGUUGCAGCACUUGGUGAGGGCGUCAAGGGCAACUGGAAGGUUGGGGAUCGAGUGGGUGUGCUGAACUUUCGAAACCCUUGCGGCUCAUGUAGCGGCUGCAAAUGGGCUCUAGAAGAUCUUGGGUCCCUUGAUCCUCGAUUCUGCAAGGAUAUUACCAUGGCCGGGAUUUUAGGGGCAGACGGAGGGUUCGCCCAGUAUAUGGUGGCCCCUGAAGAUACCCUUGUCACAAUCCCGGACACCGUAUCCUUUGAACAGGCAGCGCCAUUGAUGUGCGCAGGAGUGACGGUAUGGAACGCUAUUAAGCAGACAGGCCUGAAGAAGGGGGACUCAAUCGGGAUCGUGGGCAUCGGCGGCCUAGGGGUUCUUGCAAUCCAGUUCGCCAAAGCGUUGGGAUAUCAGGUCGUUGCGGUCGACAACCGUGAUAUUGGCCUAAGAUUAGCCUCCCAAGUACCCUCUCAUCUCAAGCCGGAUGCGAUCGUCAAGUUCGGUGACGAAGAGGCGGCCAAGCAGAUAUCAGAUCUGACCAGAGACAUCGGACUACACGGCGCCGUUGUAUGCACCGACGACGUACAGGCAAGUGACUGGGCCCUUCAUCAGUUGCGACCCAGGGGCGUUUGUGUUGUGCUGGGGUUGCCCGAGCAGGGCUACAAGUUUGACGCGUUCAACCUCGUGUUUAGAGAGAUUGUCGUCAAGGGGUCGAUCUUCACGAGUGCGGAUGAGGCUCGGAAGAUGCUCGAGGUUGUUGGACGAGAGGGCGUGCGUAGUCACCUCACGAUACUCAAGCUAGAGCAGGGAGAAGUUAUCUAUGACAAGGUAGCAGCGCACGACUUUGAUGGGCGAUUAGUCGUCACUAUAGAUUGA